AUGUCCACCGACCAUGUUGAUCGUGAUGGGAACCUUACCCUCACGAGUGCCCAAAGCCGAGAGUUCAAAUCCAACCUUCAAAAGCGUGCAAUCCGCGCCACAAAAUUUUACCACCAAGAUUCUAUGAUCAACUCGGCCUUACGACCACUUGUGACAACUAUUUUUCCACAUUGGUUGGCACCAGUUUCUCGAUCUUUCUGCACGUACCUACAAGUAGCCCACAAUCGAAUUCCUCUCCACCUAUGCCGCAAUGACACAGCGAGGCUACCAAUGGACUCAAUUCAAAAGCUUGCCCAACGUAGACUUUUGGACCCAAAUCACGAGCCUGCCCAAGUUCAAUCCCAGUCGCCAAAAAGACCCGUUUAUAAUACAUCCUUGCUGGAGAAUUGCCCACCGGAUCCUAUCCACAUUUAUCUUUGCUCGUCACGAGCCGGGAAAAUCAACACCGUUGAGUUGUAUUUUCUCUAUUGCAUGUCGUGCCACCGUUGGUCUUUACCCGAUUUCGCCACCUUCUUUUUAGACAAAUGUGACAGCCUCAGGACGAAGACCACUGGUGACAUUUGUAUUGGAGGUCUCAUUACCCUCAUUGGUUUGGGUAUGGGCCUUCAAUUUCCAGCAUCUGAAUAUGUACCAGUGGAUGAUCCACCUCUUUACCUUCUUGAUUGCAUUACUCUCAUGCGGAUGGAAUUAAUUCUACCUCAUCCUAAUCUUCUUGGACAUUUCUCUUGGCUAAACCAUGUCAAGGACCCAAUUUACAUCUUACCCAAUCCAAGUAUCUCCACCUUCAUCACCAAUGACCCCGAAACAUGGUUUUUGCCUCAAGACUUGCCAGACGAUGAUGACGCAGCCGCGGAUGAUGACAUGCAGGUGGAUCCUGAUGAUGCUGAUAGCCCAUUCGAGGCUGAAGACCAUUAUGAUCUCCCAAUCCGCUAG